CCCGAAACCCCGGAAAAGCCCACGGAAGAAGAGGAAAAACAGAAACCAGAGGAAAACAAAAUGAAGACUAUUCCUCUGCUUCUGAUAGGCUGUGGUGGCGUUGGGCGCCAGCUCCUCCAGCACAUUGUCUCCUGCCGAUCUCUCCACGCCAAACUGGGAGUUUACUUGAGAGUUGUGGGAGUAUGUGAUAGUAAGUCGUUGAUUGUUGUGUCGGAUGUGUUCUCAAUGGAGUUAGAUGAUAAAAUUGUAUUGGAAGUUUGCCAAGCCAAGUUGAAUGGUUCUUCUCUGCAGACGCUUUGUAGUUCCGGUGAAUAUCAAGUUCUUACCAAUUCAGAUUCAACAAGAAAAGUUAUAGACAUUGCGGCCCUGCUGGGUAAAUCAAUGGGUUUGGCCUUAAUAGAUUGCUCAGCAAGUUCGGAGACUAUUGGAGUAUUAAAACCUGUGGUUGAUUUGGGCUGUUGCAUUGUCCUGGCAAAUAAAAAGCCUCUUACUUCUACGAUGGAGGAUUAUGACAAACUAGUCUCACACCCACGUCGCAUUCGACAUGAGUCAACUGUUGGUGCUGGUCUUCCGGUCAUAGCAGCCAUAAACCGUAUACUUGCAUCUGGAGAUUGUGUGCAUCGCAUUGUUGGGAGUUUGAGUGGUACAUUGGGGUAUGUAAUGAGUGAGUUAGAAGAUGGAAAGCCAUUGAGCCAAGUUGUUAAAGCUGCUAAAAGCCUGGGGUUCACUGAACCAGAUCCACGUGAUGACCUCAGUGGGAUGGAUGUUGCAAGAAAGGCUUUGAUCCUUGCUCGGCUUCUUGGUUGGCGGAUUAACUUGGACAGCAUUAAGAUUGAGAGCUUGUUUCCUGAAGAAAUGGGAACCAAUGUAAUGUCUGUUGAGGACUUCCUGGAUUGUGGGGUAUUAUUGCUUGAUGAAGAUAUCCAAGAGAGAGUGAAUAAGGCUUCUCUAAAUGGGCAUGUGCUACGUUAUGUCUGUGUGAUUGAGGGGUCAAGGUGUGAAGUUGGCAUUCAAGAGCUUCCUAAGGAUUCUCCGUUGGGAAGGCUUAGAGGAAGUGACAAUGUGUUGGAGAUAUACAGCCGAUGUUAUAAGGAGCAGCCACUGGUUAUUCAAGGUGCUGGUGCUGGCAACGAUACUACAGCAGCUGGAGUCCUUGCUGAUAUUGUUGAUAUCCAGGAUUUAUUUCCUGAAAGUAAAUUUUCUGUAACUAACCUUGAAGAAAAUCAAGAACAAAGAUGAUGAGUGUGUUACAAGCUGUUGCAAGAAAGAGAGGCCAAUUUUCAGGGAAAAUGGUCUUGAGAUAGUUUUGCCCUGGAAAGAUGCUACUUGCUGUUUGGUCAAUACGACUGAAAUGUGUGCAUGCAGAAGAGUUUUUGUGUAUCAACUAAAAUUUGGUGUAGACAAAUUUUACUUAGGUUAUGUUUGUUAUACGGAAUGGUUACUCCAUUUGAAAAAGGAAAUGGCUUUUAUUAUAAAUGGAAGAAUAUGGAAUAAAUUAGCCUUGGUGUUAAGAGUAUUAUAUAAUAAACAUCUAACACGUGGAAUAGCUAUUUCCAUUGCUCAUGGAAAAAUGACUAUUUCAAGACUUGGUCAUUUUACUUUCUUUCAUUUUCAAUAAAAAAAAUUAUUCAUUUUUUUAAUAGAAUAGUCAUUUCGCGUACCAAACGUAACCUUAGUAUAGUCAGUAUAAUAGCUUGUAAUGGCACUUUGGUAUCUACGAAGAGAACCCACUUGAAGCA